UAUUCCUUAUACAAGGGGAAGUGCGUGGGAGCAACCUCCUCCCGAUUUGGCGUCUUACUUGUUCAAGAUCGGAUUGUUUACCUGGGCAUGUCCCUUGUUCCUUCCGUCACCGAGUUAAUACUUGCAGAAUUUCUUUACCUUCAGUUUGUGAAAGAGAAAAUAUCAAAUGAUCUUGACAACGAACAGACCCGUUUUCAAGAAUCCUUCUCUGCAUUUCGCGGUGGUGAAAAGCUGAGUUAUGAGACAGAGGCCUUUGCUAUUUAUGAUGUUAUGGGGUAUGUAAAGCCACCGAUAUUCACUCUCUGCGUUGGUAAUGCUUGGGGAGAGGCUGCCUUGCUAUUGGCUGCUGGUGCAAAAGGAAACCGUUCUGCAUUACCUUCGUCAACUAUCAUGAUUAAGCAGCCCAUAGGGAGAUUUCAGGGCCAAGCUACAGAUGUUGAACUUGCAAGAAAAGAAAUGAAUAAUGUUAAAGCAGAACUGGUCAACCUCUUUGCAAAGCACAUUGGGAAGACAUCUGAACAGAUUGAAGCUGAUAUCAGCAGGCCAAAGUACUUUAGUCCAGCUGAGGCAGUUGAAUAUGGAAUCAUAGACAAAGUCUUGUACAAUGAAAGAGGCAGCGAAGACCGUGGAGUUGUUUCUGACCUUAAAAAGGCACAGCUGAUAUAAUUGCUGGUAGAUGAUGUCAGUGGGUUUUAACAAGUGUGAGGUAACAUGCAAUCGCAUGUCAGUCAUACAAGUUCUUAUUCCGAAUUUAUUUUAGGGAAAUAUGGCUGCCUUAAGAUUCAAACCUAGGUUUAGUUGAAUGUUUGUCAUUCUAAAUACUACUUGGCCAAUCCUUUGGGUUUUGGUGGGUUGAUGUUUAACAAGCUUUACUUAAAUGGAUUAGAACUGUUUACGUAGAGAACAUGUACUCUCAAUGAAGGGUUGGUACCUAGCCUUUUUAUAUUAAUUUGAUUGGUACUUCAGUUAGGUCCUUGCUAUCGAAGUGGUAAGUAACCCGUCCUGUUUAACUAAUUGGGUACCAUGUUGUCUUUCCUAACUAGUUGAUUGUCAUAUAGUAAUAGAAGUGUUUUAAGUACAAAGAAGCUGCCCAACUUUGUCCAAGAGAAGAUUGGUAAAGGAUUUUAUUGUGGACGAAUCAUUUAGCACUAUGAAAAAUGAAAUGAAAGUGAAAGUACCAAUUAGUCGGAUAGAACAUCAAUUUUUCAGUAAAAUUAUUGUGAAGAAACUAAGUAAUCAGAACUGAUAGGUUUUGCUCACUUUUUAAACACAGUUGUAGUGAAGUGAUCAAACGGUUGGGAACCAAAGGGCUAGCUUUGUUAUUGAAUUCAGAUGCAUAAAGUUCUGGGCUUGUGCUACCGUUUAGAUCCAACCCACUAGUUGGUGCUUUGGAAUAGCAAUUGAAAUAGUUUUCUUAGAAACUUAAGGGUAAAAAGCCUCAUCAAUUGUAGUAUCGACUGGUGGCAUAAAGGUACAAUGUUUUAGUUAGUAUAGCUUCCCUUCUUUGGUUCAGCCAAGGAAGAGCACCACCUGUCUGGUAAAAGAUGUAGACAGCCCUGAAUUAGGUUACAUCGUCAAGCACUGGGCAAUUGUCUGUGUUAUUCUGUUCUUUGAUUAUCAAGGUACUUGUUCUAUUAAUGGUGAGACUUCCCCAUUACUAUUGGUCCAUCUGUUGCACAAUUCUUUCCCGUAUUUGAUUUAACCUGGCGCUUCUUGAUUGUUCUGUGUUAGAUACUGAGAAAAAAGAGGCAGCAUAUUUAGUGGUAGUGUUUAUGACUUAUUGAUAUUUCUUUCUUUGCUUGCAAAAAUGUAUGAAGAUGAUGCCAAGUUCUAAGCAGCUCUGUAGAGAUAUGAACCGUACACAUAGAAAGAACACUCAGCACCAAGUCAAAGUUGAGUUUGCUCUUUAUUAUUUGCUUGAAAGUGGGAUAUAGCUAUUUAGAUUGAUACUCAUACUUGCACAAAGCCCCAUUAUUAUUAUUGUGUUGGCCACUGUUUUAGAGUUGGAUGGUGCUGUUAGUUAGGGCCUUUUUUAUUGACACUUGUACGAUGUAUUGCCAAUACUAUAGCUUGCCUGCUCUAGUGGUUGUCACCAUCGUACAGCAAAUUGUGUUCAAUUGAUCUGUGGGUUUAAGCAUAAAUUGGGGAGUGGGUCAGUCGAUUCACAUUGUACUGAAUCGACAUUUGGAUUGGACUCGACCUUGAACCGAUGCAAUUUUAAAUCUAGUUUUGGUUUCGAUUCUCAUAUGCAAGUUAAUGAUGAAGACUAGAGCCAUGUCAAACAUGUUUGGUUUUGCUGCCUAGGCUGAAGCUUCGGAGUUUGGAAGGUGCAAUGCUAAGAGAAGAGGCAAGCGAAGAAGCUUUUCCAGCAGCAGUGGAGAAAAAGGCUCGGGAGCUACCUCCCCCUUUGUUUUAAGUAUACCUGGGAAUUGGUGGUGGGGAAGCAUUUGUGACCACAAUGUACAAUGUUCUUCACAUUUCCUCUUUCUUCACUCUGUAUCCUUAGUUUCAACACUUGUCGAACUGACAUUGAGGCUUAUUUCUACCCUUGCUUCAAUCUGUAGUAUUUGUUGUUGAAGCUUUAGAUAUGAUUGAAUUACUCAGUAAUCAUGUCAUUAUUUCGUAAUCAAUCAAUCAGCAGCAGGUGGUUGGUUUAGUGGCAGUGCAGUUCUUUAUUGCUGUGCUGAGUCGUCUUCCUGAACUUGCAAUAUUUGUAUUGAAACAAGUUGCUGCCAAGUGCAAAAUGGACGAU